AUGUUAUCCUAUGAUUAUAGAACGUUUUCUAAUGAUAAAGAUCAAUUAUUUGAGCAUUAUAAUCAAAAUCAUAGUAAAAUUUUAAUAAUUGGUUAUCUUAAAUUAAAUAUCAAAAAAUUUCAAUCAUCAUCAAGAAAAAGUCAACGAUCAAUAACAAGAACUAGAAAUAUUGGUACAAAUGAACAACAUCUUUCAAUCAGUAUUUGA